AUGACAACCCUCAAUGGCUAUUCAGUGCCCAUUGAAACCUCGGCCACUGGGAGUUCGGGAACCAAAGCGCUAGACCUCUGCGCUGAUGGUCAUCCCAAGCUGGUCCAGGUCUUGUACCAGCAAGACCGUUCCGCCGUUCCGCCCCGGCUCCGGCUUCUUGUGGUGGCCCACCCUGGAUGGUUAACUUGGUCCGUGCACAUUACCGGACAGGUUGAGUGGUACACCUCUGAUGUAGCUACUGCACCUUUCACUCACCCCACCGCGACUUUGACGGAAAUCUACUUGGGCGUUUUAGAGCACUGGGGACGCGAAGUCUCAGAGGCGACGCGCAGGCAGAUUGAACUCCUUGCGCCCAACCACAUCCUCGACUUGCCCCUCGACGGUGACGACGUUUUCUUCGAGGAUUACAGCUGGUUCAAAAUUCCCGUGCGUCUAGCUCGGUACGUGAUCAAGGACGAGGGCGACGAAGACGAUACCAACAUCGACGACGGCAACGACGCCCAGGACGACGAGGCAUACAGCUACCCUACCGGUUUGUUUUGGGACGACGACAAAAACGACGACGACAAAAACGACGACGACAAGACCCUGUAUAGCAAUUCUGAGCAGACCUUCGAUUGCGAAGGCGACAUCACGAUGGCUCCUUCCGGCCCCAAGGCGCAGCAGAAUGCUGCCGCUACGAACAACUCGACCCCGACGCCUGCCGCCGAGCCUGCCGCCUUGAAAGGUCCGCAUCCCGGCCACAUCCAGGUGGCGUGCCAGUACACCAGCGAGCAAAGAUUGAGACGCAUGCUGCGGGACAACAAGAGUGAUCCAGCUAGGGAGGAUAACUACCGUCUCCAAGGAGUGCAGCUCAUCGAUAAUGUCCGGACCAUGCUGCAUGUCCCUAUCAAGACUUUCGACACCGCUUGUGUCUACUACCACUGGUUCAGACUCUCAUUCCGCGAUGCCGAGUACAACUACCAGGAUGCUGCCGUGGCCGCGCUCUUUCUUGCUUGCAAGGUUGAAGACACAAUCAAGAAGUCCAAGGAAAUUUUGUGCGCUGCGUACAACAUUAAGAAUCCCGACCACACCACAACCCAGGACGACAAGAUGUUCGAGCAGCCCUCCAAGAUUAUCAUAGGCUUGGAGCGCCUAGUCCUCGAGACUGUUGGCUUCGACUUCCGUUGUCGUUACCCCCAAUCCGCCCUCCUCAAGGCCACGAAAAAGAUCAUGGGCGCCCACUCAAAAAAGAUAUUCUCCACCGCGAUGGACAUGAGUGUGGAUUUAUACAAGACCUUCGCCCCGAUCAAGCAAACGAGCUACGCCAUGGCUUUGGGCUUGCUCGAGCUGACCGCCCGAAUCCUCGGUGAAGGCGUGGACAAGAUUGAAAAGAUCAACUACGCCGACUUCCACACGACUCGUCAGAACGUAGUCGAAACCGUACUCGACCUACUCGACCUCUACACACAGCAUGGCAAGUCCACCAAGCUCGGCAACCGAUUCGAUCUGAACAAGUUUAUCGAGGUCAAGAUUAUUAUUAACAAUGAGGUCGACAACUCUCCGACUCUCGUGCGGUACGCCCACUGGUGCAACAAUUGCGACGGAGGCGAGGACGAAAACCUUUCCAACGGUGUCUCGGUCCUCAAGAACAUCUCGUUCUUUGGUAGCAACAGCGCUAAACGCAAUGGACGCAACCAGGAUGGUACGAUGCGCUUCGUCUUCGACCCGGAGCAGGCCCGUCAGGAGCGCAAGGAGGUCGAGGCGUACUACCGUGACGAGUACGAGGAGUACGAAGUCGAAGUCGAGGUUCCCAUGGAGCCAGAGCGCCAGAACCACAACAACCACAACAACCACCGUGACAAGCGGCAUGACGGCGGCGGCGGCGGCUGGGGCGGCUCAAACCACCACCGACGCAACCGUGGCAAGGGCCGCGGCUACUACUGA